CUUUUUCAAACUUCAAACAAACUCUCCCAACUUCGCCAAGCCGGUGAGGAAAAAUGAAGAAGAGAGCAAAGAAAAUUGAAGUCAAUUCUACAGAGGAAACGUGUUGCUCAGAUCAAGUUUGCUUCACCUACUAAUUUCUUCCUGGAUAUUUUACAUAUUUGGUCUUCUUCUUCUUCUUCAAGAAAUUUCCUAACCGAUUCCAAAUCGGUACUCGAAAUUUGAUGAUGAAUUUUGCGAGCGGUAUGGCGUUGGGGGAUGCCUCGUCUUUGUGGAGCUUGAUACCGAAGACGCCGCCGCCUGCGGUGGCGCUGAAGCUGGAAUCGAGAGGUGGAGUUUUAGGAUUGCCGGCUUCUCCGAUGACUUGCUCCAUUGAGGCGGAGAAGCCGCCGAAUCGAACCACGGAGUUACAGCCGUCUGUUGAGCAGCCGGACGGCAAUAUCGUUUGGAGAUCGAAUAAGGAUAUCGCACCCUUUGCUAGACCAUUAUCAGUGUCAAGUAAAUCUGCUUAUCCAGAUGAUAAUAAGAAGGUUCGGAUAUCAUUUAAGGGGUUGCCAGGGUCACAUAGUGAGGAUGCAGCACUUGCAGCAUACCCUAAUUGUGAAAGUGUUCCUUGUAAUGAGUUUGAAGAUGCAUUCAAGGCUGUUGAACUGUGGAUAGCUGAUAAAGCUGUUCUUCCGAUUGAAAAUUCAUCAGGUGGGAGCAUCCAUCGCAAUUAUGAUUUGCUCCUUCGGCACAGGCUACAUAUUGUUGGUGAAGUGCAGAUAACCACCAACCUCUGCCUUCUAGCUCUGCCAGGUGUGAGAGCCGAACAGUUGAAACGUGUUCUUAGCCAUCCACAGGCACUUUCCUUGAGCGAUAAUGCGCUGAAUAGGUUGGGUGUUGUCCGAGAAAAUGUUGAUGAUACUGCUGGUGCAGCUCAGUAUGUAGCGUUGAACAACCUCAGGGAUGCUGGAGUUGUGGCUGGUGCUCGUGCUGCAGAGUUAUAUGGUUUAAACAUACUUGCAGAAGGAAUCCAAGAUGAUUUAGGUAACGUGACUCGUUAUCUGGUACUUGCAAGGGAACCAAUCAUUCCAAGAACUGAUAGACCCUAUAGAACAAGCAUUGUAUUUACUUUGGAUGAAGGACCUGGAGUCUUGUUCAAAGUCUUGGCGUUGUUUGCACUAAGAGAUAUAAAUUUGACAAAGAUUGAAAGUCGACCGCAAAGAAAUUGCCCCUUACGAGUAGUGGAUGACUCUAACAUGGGUAGUGCCAAGUAUGUAUCAUUAUCAUUGUCGUUUGGAAGUAUACCUUUAGCAGGCUUUGAAAGGUACUUUGACUACUUGUUCUACAUUGAUUUUGAAGCUUCUAUGGCCGAACCACGUGCUCAGCUUGUCUUGGGGCAUUUGCAGGAACAUGCGACAUUUUUACGGGUACUUGGUUGCUAUCCCGUUGACGUUGCUCGUUAGAGUAUGCAUUUGGAGAAUCAAUGUUCUUCAAUUUCAGAUCAUUGGCCUAAUAGAUUAGUUUGUUUCAAAACUCAUAUCUUCCCUUGGAGGUCAAAAAUGUAACUUCCAAUCAACUAGCAUGUGGUGUGAUCAUAGGCUCAGUCCAAUAAUAAUAAUAAUAAUGUUGAUACUAUUAGUAACAAUACACAGUAUUUUUUUUCAUACUAAGUUUGACUCACAGUUUUAGUAAAUUUGUAUUUAUGAAA